UUUGCGGUCUCUCCCCGGAGUCGUUGUUGCGGAAGUGAAAAGUCUACGUGGGGAAGAAAGGUUGGUCUGAACGCGUUUGAACACCUUGAACACUAACUGCACCGAUGUCCAAUCCAGGUCAGCUCUGUCCCCAGACAAACCGGUCUCCCUCCUCCUCCUCCGUUUGGCUAAUGGAUGCAUUUAGCGGCAUCCGGGGCGUAUAAAUGCGGCGGAGGGGCGACGACGGGCUGUAAUGCUGCGCCGGGUGCGGCAGUCUCUCCGGCAGGUGCUGUUUCUGAUGGCCCGGAGACCGGAUCUACUCUGCGGGGCUAUCGUGCUCAGCGUCCUGCUCGUACUGGCGGUGAAGUUCACAUGCAGCCGUGCCAAGAAUGUGGUGGCUGCAGCGCAGCCUCCCGUGCGGUUCUUCUCUGCCGAGGCCCCAGUGGUGGACCUCUACUUGGGUCAGCUCGACCAGGUGGAGCGCCUGAGGAGCAUGGCGGAGGUGUCCCUGAUUUUCUUUUAUGCCCCGUGGUGCGCUCACUCUAUGGCUGCUCGACAGGAAGUGCAACAGGUGGCUAAAAAGUUGGCCAAACAGGUGCAGUUUGUGGCUGUUAACUGCUGGUGGAGUCAGGGGAAAUGCAGGAAGCAAAGCCGCCUCUACCAGUACCCCAUCAUCCAUCUCUUUUACAGGAGGUUCGGGCCAAUAGAAUAUAAAGGUCCAUUUGUAGCUCCGUAUUUGGAAAGUUUUGUCCUUAGAGUCAUCACACCACUUACAUACUUGCCAUCCAGAGCACAUCUCGAAGCAUUCCUCACCUAUCAUGAGCCCCGUGUGGUGGGAUUCUUCCGGUUUAACGCCUCUCCACAGCCCCCGGGGUACAUCACCUACCUGUCCUCUGCCCUGCAGGCGCUGAAAAGGGAUUUCCGUGGCGACGUCCGUUUCGGAGUCGUCACCAGCAAGCACGUGGCCGAGCCCAUCACGCUGAGAGAGGACGAAAGCGUCUACCUGCACAGGAGAUUUAACUCCUCUCUGGUUUUCCCAAGAAACGAGCGCAACUUCACGUCGGAGGCCAUCUGUAACUGGGUGUUCGAGCACCACGAGACCGUCCUCCAGUGGCUGCAGCCGCCGGGGACCAAGUCCCGGCUGCUGGAGCAGGAGCUGACCAAAGGCCCCGCGCUGCUGCUGUUCCUGCCGCACAACCCUCUGAGGGCCGAGCCCAGCCCCACACUGCAGCAGGUGGCAGACAUCGCUGUGCGCUAUCACUCCUGUGACUACUCCAGCUGGGACGAGGUUUCGAAGUCUGAAUCGCUGUGCUGCCAGUCGCUGGUUCUCCCGGAGUCCAGCACCAGUGUGUGUGAGGUGUGCCUCAACCUGUCCCGGCCCUCUUCCUCCUCCUCAUCCUCCCCCUGCUCGUUCCCCUCCUCGAGCCUCGGACGAGACGGCUUUCGCGCCCGUCUCGGACACUGCUGCCUCCACCAGCUGCCCUCUCCCGCGUCCACUCAGAGCCAGACCUCAUCGGGCUGUCGCAAUCUCCUGACCAGCUACAGCCCCUUCGGUCAGUUCAGUGCCUGCUGCAAAAAACUCCAACCUCAGCUCCACCAAGCGCGAGCCAAAGAGGAGCCGGGCGUGCGGGGAGCCCGCCUCCCGCCCCCGGCCUCCCCCGCCUCCCCCCCGCCCCCCGCCUCCCAACCGGAGGGAGACGGCAUCACGGGGCUGAGGUGCCAGACCAACCGGACCCUCAGGUUCUACCUGCUGGACCUGGCCCUCAACUGGCCCCUGGCGGUCCGGCUCGGGGCGCCGGGCAACGGGAGCGGCGCCCUGCAGCGGGAGGCGCCGGCGACCGCCGACGGCUCCUUCGCCGCCAUCGUCAACCUGAAGGACGAGGUCCACUACGUCCUGCAGCGCAGCCCGGCGGCCACUCUGACCGAGUCUCUGGGUAAGACGGGGAAAGGCCGCGACCACGUAGUUUCUCUCCCGGUCGCCCUAGAGGCCUUCAUCCGGAACUUCAGCGCCCCGCACAGCCUCCUGCAGAGACACUUGGUCGGGGAGAAGGGAAGGACGGCAGGGGGGGAGGACGGCGAGCGUCCAGAGGACCAGCGGCACCCUCCCCCACGCCCGCUCAUCACAGAGCUAACCACCCUCUCCUUCCUGCCCACCGUUAUGGAUCUUGAAAAGGACGUGCUGCUCUUUUACUACACCCAGUGGUGCGGGUUCUGCUCCGUCCUCAACCACGUCAUCAUCCAGCUGGCCCGGCUGCUGCAGGGAAACGGCGCGGUGGUGGUGGCCAGGGUGAACGUCGCGCGCAACGACCUCCCCUGGGAGUUCAUGGUGGACCACGUCCCCUCAGUUCUCCUGUUUCCCAGAUACAGAAAACAUCUUAGUGUGAAGUAUCCCGAUGAGCGUCCCAUCACGUUGCCUAACCUGCUUCACUUCCUGCUGCAGCACUCUGGCUCUCUGCGUUUCGCAGACAGAGCGUCUGCUAAAGCGGAGGGGGCGGGGGCGGGGGCGGGGCCCGGCGCCAUCCUGCGCGCCGAGUUCCUGGCCCUCCAGCAGGAGGUGCAGACGCUGCACCACGCCCGCGAGCGCCUCUCCCAGCAGCUGGCGCAGCUGUGGCGCGACAACCGGCAGCUGCGGUUCGACCUGCGCGGCGUGGAGCAGAGCCUGGAGGAGCAGCUGCGGGAGAAGGGCCGGCAGCUGGGCGAGGCGGUGGGGCGGCUGCAGGAGCUGGCCGACACGUCGGAGACGCUGCUGCAGGAGAACGCGCUGCUGCGGGUCCUGCUGAGGGCGCUGAAAGACCGGACCGAGAGCCCGGAGCAGGCCCAGGCCGAGAGGAGGAAAACUCCCGAGCAGAAACGCAGCCACCUGGCCUCCUGAGCACUGCGGUCCAGCCUGGGAACGGCCCCGAUGGAUGCAAGAGCAGAAGGAAACCUGCGCCGCGAAAUGAAGGAAG